ACUCAUGUCAUUUGUUGCAUUCUAACAACAACUACAUCUCCACAUUCUCUCUAUUCUUCCAAAUUCCACUUAUAAGUUACAACCACAACAAAAUACCAUAAAUCUUUAUAAUCUCAGUCCACCCCAUUUCCACUGAUUUUUCUGAAAUUUGAUCAUGGAACUUUUUCCAGCACAACCUGACUUAUCACUUCAGAUCAGCCCUCCAAACACCAAAAACAACACACCAAGCUUCUGGAGAACCCCUCUUGAUCAUCACACCUCCAAGAUCUCUGCACUGUCAUGCAAGCCCGAAUCGACCGACAUAGCUUUCGAGCUCUCCCUUCUCCCCCAUCACCAAUAUCACAACACAGAAAAGCCCUCAUUGUCACAACCUCAUCACCACAACAACAACAAUCACAAUCCCACCAAUUUUCACCAUGCUCCCCCUCAUCUCUUCCAAUACAAACAAAAUGGCAACUUUGGACCUCAUCACCAAAUUCAAGAACUUCCACAAGGGUUUCAUCAACAAUACCAAAUUCAAGAAACCCAACAAGGGUUUCGCCAAGAAAUCGAUUACUUAAGGCCUAUCAGAGGAAUUCCAGUCUAUCAAACUCAAAAACCAACACCCUCUUCUUUUCUCUCAGCACCUCAACAACAACAACAUUACUCUUCUCUAGACUCUUCCAAUAUCUCAAGAUCUAAAUUUUUAUCAAGAUUUCCGACAAAGCGAAGCACAAGAGCUCCCCGGAUGCGGUGGACUACAAGCUUACACGCUCGUUUUGUCCACGCAGUUGAAUUACUUGGUGGCCAUGAAAGAGCUACACCAAAAUCAGUACUUGAGCUAAUGGAUGUGAAAGAUCUCACCUUAUCUCAUGUCAAGUCUCAUUUACAGAUGUAUCGCACCAUAAGGACCACAGACAGACCUGCAAAUUCUUCAGAUGGAUUCGAAAGCGAUUUGGUGGUCGAUAACUCUGAGGAUCAGGCUGGCGAUGUGCAGAUUCUAGGCGAAGCGUCUGGGGCAUCAUCUGUUAAACGAACAAGGCCGGUGGCUAUUGAACAAGAUCAUGAUUCUUAUGGCCUCUGGAGCAAUUCAUCAUCAAGGGAUGCUGGGAUUCGUGGAAAGCCAAUCAGGUCCACUACAGGACACCCUAGCCCUCCUUUUGAGGAACUACUGAGCUAUGAAAAUACAUUCGAGAAGCCAUUGAAUUCGGCUCCAGCUGUAGAAAUGAGAUCAAAGAAGCCUAACUUGGAUUUCAGCUUGGGAAGAUCAUACAAUGAUCAUCACAUCUCCUGUUGAAAUAACAUAGAAUGUAUGGUCACUGAUAUAUAGUUUAUAAGUUUAUCAGAGUAGCAGCCACCUUGCUUUUUUGCUUACAUUUUGGAGUGUCGGAAAAUAUGCAACUCCCGCAUCCAAUUAAGUCCUUCUCCUAAUAUUAUUAACUUAAACAACACAUUUAUUUCGCAAAGCUAAAAGCUUUCUUUUA